UUUCCAUUGGUUGUGCUGCUGGAAGCCUUCUCCCAUUUGGAUACUCAGACGCAGACGGGAUUACGCAGUUUCUAGCGUGGAACUUCAUCGUGGAAUCACCUGUGUUGACGGCCUGCAUCGUUCGUCGUUGUGAUCGGUGCAGACGGUUAACUGCGUGGCCUCUCCUUCACACACGUUCCUCAUCCUUCCCGAAUUUCUCCUCGCCUUCCAGAAACCACUCAACGAAAGAAAUGUUGACAGUCGAGGUAGCUGUUCCUUUCAAGAACUCCACCGUCAAAAUCGGGGUGGAAGGUUCCUACACGUUGGAGCAGAUUCGGAACAUGAUUUCUGCAAAAAUUCAGGCUCGUGUUGAGUCGAUCAAGAUUGGCGAAGUAACGCACAACAAAAACUGGACGACGACGAGGCUCAAUAAGACUCAAUUUGCGCCGGGCAUGGUCUUAUUUGCAUUUGAUACGCCAUCUGGACGCCAUAGCCCAACGCAUUUCUCUCCGGCUCCAGUCAGUCCUGCGCCAUCACCCUCCGUCUCGGCCCCUGCUCGGGUCUAUCAGCUGGUCCAUCCGUACCGCUCACCGUCACACGCCAGAUCUUCGGCAGGGUCCAUCCCGUUGGCACGCUCGCUUCUGCCAGGGGUCCGAUCUACGUCCCGAGCUGUGUCCAACGCUGCUUCCACGGGGAGCCGGCCGAGCCGCCCUGUAAGCGUCAUGGAGUCUCCGCCGGCACCGGCAACGUCACGCAGCCGUUCACCAGCAGAGUCCAUAGCUAGCCGUACACGCAGCGCUCGUGCCUCAGAUGCCAAUCGGUCCGCACCGGCGGCAAAGCCUGGAAAUCAGCUGAUUUCACUGCGGAACAACAUCGGCUCUUCUCGGACUCCCGUCACGGCACAGCCUGGUGCAUCAGCGGCGUCGGCUGUGGGAUCUGCUCGCGCUCUCGACGGCGAUUAUCCCGUCGACGUUAUCCGGACCAUCGUGGUCGAAAACAAACGUCUGCCGGUAGUCACGUUUACGGAUUGCCUGAUGGACUGGCCGGAUAUAAACACUGAAGAAGUUUUCUUCGAGGAGUCGACUGCCAAACUCGAAGACCUGGUCGAUCUGCGUCGAGAAGGGACGGGAUAUGCUAAGAUUGCCGAAGAUACCGAGGCACGGAAAAGAGCGCAUCAAGGGACAAAGUUCUUCCAGUGCCCGUUUUGCCUCCAGCUUCAAGGGACGCCAGGUCACCCGGACAACAUGGUCCGGCAUGUGUUCGGAACGCAAGGACAAUAUCCCUGCAAAGACUUCUGCAAUGGUCCGUUCCGUUCGGAGUAUCUUCUCGGCAGAAUUGCGUUGGAAGCACUGGAAGUGCCGUUCCCUUAUGUCUACAAGGAUGAAGACAAUAACAUCAUCGACCGACAGUUUCGCGAGUGGCCGGAAUCCACAGCAGACAUUGUCUUGCGAAUCCGGCCUGAAGAUGAAGCCGAUGCCGAGCGGGCGCGCCGGGACAACAAUGUGGUUACGGAUGAUGAUGACGAGUCGGACGACGAAGAUGGAGCGGAAGAUGACGAAGUGGCCGAGUCGGACGACGAGGAUGGGACGGAAGAAAAAGAAAUGGUCGAGGAAGGCGAAGCGGCCGGGGAGGACGGAAGUGCCGAGGAGGACGAGUCGGACGACGACGGCAACGCGGACGAGAUGGACCCACUGGCCGGAGCGGACGAAGUGGCCGAAGCGGACGCUGAGGAGAAAUCGGAUGGUGACGUAGGACGGUCGGGUGGCCGGGGACGAGGCCCUCGCGGAGGACGACGGGGGAGAGGCGGUCGUGAGGCACCGCGGGCGCGUCCUGUACGGAAGUGAGGAGAAGAUGGUCGCGUAUGACUGCAACACUCCAGCCAUGACAUCUUGUAUAGUCUUUUGUUUUGGUUCAUCCCGUGUUUAAGGGAAUGGUUAUCACUGUAUUACUUCUUUUUUGUAAAACAUGUUAUCGUUGUACAGUGUGACAAAUGAACGGUCUGUUUUGUUUUCAAACCAAAGAAACUGCAACGUGCGAAACAAUCACGGGUCAAACGGUUGUUAUGGUUUUCCGUUCAACUGUAAAAUUUGUACGUAAAAUAUCAGCAUAAAGAAUUAAACGG